CCUGGUUUGUGCAGUCUUUUUGGUGCACUUCAUGGCACCUUGCUGUUUGAGACUGCGGUAUAUUCCCUCUGGCAGUUUGGCUGAAACAGUUUAGUUUGCUUUGUCUCGCACUUUUGACGUGGCUUUGCCCGGCUUGGCGCGUCUCCUCUGAUAGCCAUGGUGUUGGUGCAGCUCGCCGUGUUGUCGACACUUUGGUGCAGUUCCUAUGCUAUGAAGAUUCUGGCCGACCAAGAAGCAGCCAACGCGGAUGCCGUUGCCAAGUGCUACAGUGGUCCGGAGCAGGGUGUGUGGGAACUGGUGAUGGGGAAGCAGAUUGACAUUGGCGCAGCAUCUUCCACCUUGGAGCUAGCUCAGAGGGCUCAUGUGGGGUCAGGGAUGAAGGGAGUUGAGUUGAACAGCAACAAUGGUGGAGGCAUGCGCGCCUUGGUUCGCCUCGCAGGAGUGGACUCCAUGAUCGGAGUGGACCUCACUAAGUCCGUGGUGGAGACUGGCAGGAAGAGGACAGCGGAGGAGGGGCUCAGUGACAAGAUCAAGUUCAUCAACAAGAACUCUUUGGAGAAUGGGCUCCCGGAUGCCUCUGCCGAUUUUGUGUACAGCAAGGAUGCUUGGUGCUACAUGCCUGACAAACAACUAAUCAUCGACCAAGCAGCUCGCAUCGUAAAGCCCGGAGGAAAAGUGAUGUUUACCGACUGGAUCGAGGGUGAAGGUCUAUCAGACCCUGAGGCGCAGAGAUUCUUGAGCCUGAUGACAUUCCCUGCCAUCCCCACUGUUGAGGAGUAUGCGCAGAUGCUGAAGAAGGCAGGCUUUGAGGUUGAGAUCGCGGAGAACAGUGGUCGCUUCUCACCUGCCAUGGACAGCUAUGUGCACAUGCUGAAGCGGCAAGCAGUGUACGAUGCCAAGAAAUUGUUGGGAUGGGAUGAAGAGGCCUAUGAUAAAUUGAUCUCUGACUUUGAGUUCAUGGCGAAACUGGCCCGAGAAGGCAAAAUCAUCCAGGGAAUGUUUGUGGGUCGCAAGAACGAUGUGCAUCGCGAGAUGUGA